UUGCCUAUCUUGAAAUUAACCGCGAAAACAACUGUCAUUUAAAACCUAACCUUAAUCAACAAGUUAAAGUGCAUUAAAAUGGUUCAAUUAGAAGAAAAACGUAUUAAUUUACCAUGGGUUGAAAAAUAUCGCCCUAAUAAGCUGGACGAGCUGGUCUCACAUGAUGAUAUAAUAAAGACAAUAAAUAAAUUUAUUAAGGAUGAUCAGUUUCCACAUUUAUUAUUCUAUGGACCCCCUGGUACGGGUAAAACCAGUACAAUCUUGGCCUGUGCUAAACAACUAUACACACCAUCAGAAUAUGGAAAAAUGGUGUUAGAAUUGAAUGCCUCUGAUGAUAGAGGUAUUAAAAUCGUACAAAAUGCAGUUCAAACUUUUGCUAGUACUCGUAACAUGUUCCAUAAAGGUUUUAAACUAGUUAUUUUGGAUGAGGCUGAUGCCAUGACAAUGGAGGCACAGAGCUGUUUGAGGAGAAGUAAGUGA